UGUGAGUGGUCAGUGUGUGCUCAGUCACGAUGCCUGAGCUGCAGUCACCAGCGAGGACAUCAGCUCCCACAAGUUAUGGAAUAAAGACGUGGUAUCUUUUUACAUAUAACCUGGUGCAAUUCUGUGGAUCUUCAUGGAUAUUUUCGAAUAUCUCAGUGCGAUUUUUAACAUUUGGGGAAGAUUCGUUGGUGGAUACGUACCAUUCUAUUGGAGAUGUGAUGGGUCUCUGCCAAUUGUUAUCAAUUUUGGAACUGAUUCAUAUUGCCAUGGGUAUUGAUCACAGCCCAUUUCUUCCCCGAUUUCUACAGGUGUCUGAGAGGAACGUUAUUCUGUUUGUGGUCAUUACAAGUCAAGAGGAACUGCAGAGCAGAAAUAUUGUGUGCGUCUUGUUCUCCCUCUGGAGUGCUCUGGAUGUGUUCAGAUAUCCAUACCUCAUGCUGUCACUCAUAACAACUGAUUUACAUAUUUUAUCAUGGAUUCAUCAUUCUCUUUGGAUCCCUCUCUACCCCCUGGCAGUGAUGGCAGAAGGAAUUGCCAUUUACCAGGCAUUGCCGUACUUUGAAGCCCUGGGCACUUAUUCCUUCCAGUUGGCAUGGCCUGUUGGCGCUGUGAUCCAUUUCCCAUACAUACUACAGCUGUACAUUAUAAUACUUAUUCUCGGCACGUACGUCAGCUGCCAGCAGUUCUACGAAGAACGAAAGAAACUCAUGAGGAAGUGCGUUGUGAAGAUCAAGCAAAAGUAAAUGGAUUUGGAUUGUCGUCAAUGGCAUUUAACAGCACUGCCAGCAAUUCAGUAAUGAGCUUGAAGUUCAAAGGUCUAAGCUGGAUUGCAAUAAUGCACGGUGUCAACAGAGCCCACCUGAGCCAUUAGCUAGUUGAACAUCUUAUGGAGCUCAAUAUAGGACAAUACUGUGCAUCGUGAGAAUUAAUUAUACAACGAAGGGUUGAUAGUUUUAAAAAGUAUUACACUGAUGAAUUGGCGCAUCACAUUUGUGACAUUGUUAAUCCCUUGCUUCUGCUGCAGCUCCAAUUCACAUGUUAAUAUCUAUUCAGACAUUUUACUUUGAACACAAAUUGAAUAGCUAAAACACAACUAAGUCUGGCCUGUCAUGUUCAGCGUUAACUACUAAGCAAUUGUAUCAACAACAACAACAACAAGAUUACAUUUGUAUAGCGCCUUUCACGUCGGGAGGAUGUCCCAAGGCUCUGGUAUCAGUUCUGUCUCAGGGCCUGGCUUCACAAGCGGUCUAGUGCAAUCUGGGGAUGCUUGCACAAUUGUGGUGUAUGAAUCAUUGAAGAAAGCCAACAGUUUACAGCUGCAGCAAAUUCUGUGACAGUUACAAUUCCAGAAUUAUUCUACCCAGUAGUUCCUAGUCAACCUGAUUCAUUUCUGAGAAUGAAGAAUGAGUCCAUGGUAGGGGUAUGUGUUUGCCAUUUCAAGGAAUCCUGCAGUGUUGAACAUUGAUUGAAGAAGUGCAUGAUGCAUCUGAUAUUUAGAUGUUAAGUAGAAAGGGAGCAUUGAGAAACUACUGUGCCCUUUUUUCAGCAAUUGUCCAGAAUUGGAGAAGAUUUCAACGUUGAGUUUUACAAUAUUCCUGAUGCUUUCCUAUCCACCUCCGCCACUGCCCCUCCCCCAGGCUCCCAUAACGUCCAUGUCUUUAUAAUGCCAGGCUUGACUAUAUUAAUACCCUGCACAGCAGACAACACAGCACUUCCCUAUGCAAGCUGCAGACCACCCAGAGCUUUGCAGCCAGUGUCCAAUAUAGUUAGGGAUAUGGACCUCAAAUUUACUUACUGAAAAUCCAAAAUGUGUGCAGAAAAACAGCCAGCUCACUUCAAAAUGUCAGCUAGCUCCUCGCCUGCUAAACAAUACACUUUCUGGGUCAGCAGGUCACCACUAAUAUCACUUUCCACGCACUGCACAUGCGCAGUGAAUACACAAGUUAAGGACUGACCAGCAAUAACAUCCUGUUAUAAGGCUGUUACAGAAUUAAUGGACCCUCUUCUCUCCCCCCACCCCCCACCUCAACCAGCAGGUUUCUCCUGGUGCCCUGGCCAACAAUCCUCUCAAAUUAAAAAAAAAAUUGGCCAUUCACUUCAUGGCUGUGAGAAUUUGCUGUGAGCAAAUUGGCUCGUUUCAUCUGCAAAAAAACAGCCACUAUCCUGUGAUCUGCUUUGUGAUGUCCCCCAGAAUUGAAAAGCGUUACAUCAAAUGUAAGGAUUUUUAUUAUUGUGUUGUCUGAAUAAAUAUUUGAAUGACCCUGUUUUACUGCGAGGAUGGUGGGAUUUCAGCACUAGAGGGCAAUGUGGAGACAGAAAAGCCACGGAGCAAUGGAUGGAGCAGGCAAUGCAAAUGUGUUUCUUAAAAAGAAAACUCAUUUAUCAGUUUUUUUUUAAUGUUGUUUUUAAAUAUCGUUGUCAUGGUCGAUUAAAGUGCUGAAUAAUCAUUUCUGUUCUGGGGCCAGGAGACCCAGAGUAGAUGGGUUAACUGAAGCAAUUUUGCAAGGUUGUUAAUCACAGUGCAGGUUCUCUGGGCAUUUAACAGUUGUACUUCAGCAACAAAAAUGCUGGAUUCUACUGAGCAAAGCUAAACAUUGUGAUAUUGCUAAACAUUCGGGUAUGAGAAAUGUUUUGUGUCAUCUCUUAAGAUCCCAUAAGAUUUUUCAAAAACAGUAGGGAAUUUCUCCUGGUGUCCCAGCCAACAAUCCUCCAGAUCAAAAUUGGUUGUUCACAUUGUGGCUGUUUCUGUGGAUAAAUUAACCUAAAAAAUACAGACGGCCUAUACUUCACUGUAAAGUCCUGUCAAGUGCUUUGUGAUAUUUCAAUGAUAUAUGCGCUACAUCACAUGCAAAGGUUAUUGUUAUUUUAUUACAUGUUCCAACACAGAUAUACAAAAGGUUAUCACUAACUAAGCAAUUAUAGCAAAACAUUUAGGCUUUUAGUGUGGUCCCAUGUUCGGUGGAUUAAGCAGGAGAUAUUCCACCUGGUCUAAAGUUACUUUUGAUUAGUUUUUCCUAGGGUCCAGAAUUUAACUACAACACAACCUUCAUUUUGAAGCUGUUUUUCUAUAUGGUCUAUUAACCUUGUCUAAUACAAAUUAACAUGUAUUGAUUUUGUACCUAAACAUUAAAUAUUUUUAUUUUAAAAUAAAGAAUCUAAA